GAUUGGCCAGCUAUUGUUUACCUCGCAGGGAUAGGAGCCUGCACGGGUCAAUCUACGAUAUGAUUGGCUAACCAUCUAAAAUGAAAUUCAAAAUGAACGCACGGUUUCUGUGCGGAAUAUUGAUGGAUGUAGAAACGUGAUUCGAGUCAGUCAACGAUAUUUAACGGUGUUGUUUAAGGCAAACGUUAGGGGGAAUAAUUAUCACGGAAGAUCUUUUUUCAUUUUGUUGUGGUUUUAUGUAUUUUCCGAUGUUUCGGUAAAUAGGGUAAACAAAUUGCAUGGAUAUUUAAAGUUUGUAAAUGGCUCAAUUAUCGGCGAGCGGGGGGUUCCUGGAUUUCAGUCCCAUCAAGAAAGAUGCAUCUGGGUUUUUUUCAGGCAAUAAAGAAAACCACUCGCAUCCAGUUUUGAGUUUGGUUCAGUUUUCUAGGGCUCCUUUUGUAUUGUUUGGAAAUGUGAAGUUGGGAUCAUCUAAAUCCUCAGUUCUUCGCGUCGAGAAUCCGGUUGAAGAUGCCACCAUAGAGGUGACAGUUGACAGGAUUCCAUCAAAAAAAGGAUUUUCCGUGGGUCAAACCCGUUUCACAAUUGAACCCAACGAACCUGUCAAUUUGACGAUAACUUGGACACCGAUAGAGGAAGGUGGUAUUCGAGAGCUGAUCACUUUCAUUGCCAAUGGGGUGGUUAAACACCAAGCGAUUUUGCUCGGCAGAGCAGAUGCACCCAAAAAAAGAAAAAAAAGUAUAUGGGACUCAAUAAAAGGCAAAAAAGCUUGUGAUCUAUCAACACGUCCAAGGGGGAAGACAACCUCAAGGCCCUCCCUGAAGAUGACCGGCAAUAAGACCUUUCAGGUGUCCCGGACACCACAGUACAAGGUUCGGAGCCCUCUCGCAUCACUAAACAAGAGAGCCUGCACACCUGCCAAAAGGCAAAAGUCUGAGCAGGGUAUGUCGGGUCAGUUCAACUUUGAUAACGCCCAAAAUAACUCACCUGUUGUCUUUCUAGUCCCAGCUGGAAAGAUAAUUGAUUCCUCUGAUGUAGCAGCCUGCUACGGUUCCCCAGUAGGCACACCUGAGUACAGACAUGUUACCAGACUACUGAACAAGACUUUGUCCCCAGUGGGCACUCCAGAGAGAUUUCAAAAGUUUAUGCCCCGUAUUCAGUCUGAACAAAUCCCACCCCCUCUUAUUAACACUUCGGUUGCUGACGUUAGCCAUACAGAGUUGGUCAGAACUGAAGUGUUGUCUCUGAGAGAUGCCCUGGCUGUGAUUGAAUCUGAUCUAACAAAUGGACAUGGUGCAAGUCCUCCGAACGCUUGCUCUAGCUUUGAUUUUUCAGACUCGUUGGAGUCAGCUAAUGGUGAAAGGAGUUGUGACUCGGUCAAAUCUGUUGGUGAUUUGAAAGUCUUGGCUGAGAGCCCCUUUAUGUUAGAACCUGCUCAGUCGAGACUGACCUUUGUCAUCGAACCCAAAUUUGGUACUAACAAGGACGAUAAAGCAGUAAUUGAUGUUCUUCCUAAAGAAAAACAUGUUCCUUUCACCUCCUCCACAAUUAUCAAAAGCAAACCAGUCCCGGUACAGGUGAUUAGUCCCGAAGUGAGGAAAAUCAAAACCUCUAGACGCCGUCUACUAGAGAAAACACUGGAGCUGUCUGGAGAUGAUGGGCAACCUGAGCAUAGCCCUGGUACUACAGGUACCUCUGUUCUCCCUGUCAUUGAUUCUGGUGCAAGCCUAAACGGGCUCCACCAUUCUCAGUUGACAAAAUCUCAGGAGAGCAGGCAGCAAGAUCAGGGACUGGCUUCCAUUAGCUUUGUUUGUUUGGAUGGUAUCCCAGGUCCAGUCCCCCUCAGCUCUCCCCAGCACUUAGUCCCUUCCAAAUGUGGUCCCCAUCACUCUAGCGUAGAUGACACUGCUCUGAGAGCCACUUGGCGAAAAACCGCAUCAAUGGCGGCACCUCUGCCCAAACAGGCAGAUGUUUUUCCUGUUAACACCCAGAACCAGUUUGACUUGGUCAUGGUGCAGGGCAAAAAGAGAAAAAGUGAUGAGUUUCUUGGGGAUGGAGGGAAGAAAUUGGAGGAUGCGGCAAAGAAAAUAUGCCAUGUGAAAAGAAGUAGAGUUUCAACCGUGGUGAAGGAACCGGAAAGACCUUCUCAGCACAAGAGGUCCACGGCCGCCACUCAAAGGCAGUUGCUAAGCACAUCUGCUACUAUGCGCUCCAGUUCUCAAUCAUCCAUGAGGGCGCCAAGGUCUGUGGUCCAGGCUAAGCAGUCUGUUCCAAAAUCUGGUCAACGGGGUGCACAGUCUUCAAAAUCAUUUGGUGGUUCAUCUGUGAAAACUGCAAAGAUUAUAGCUGUGGCCCAGUCCAAACUGGCUUUCAUCACGCCUACUCAAACAGCCAUACCAAGACAUCCGAUGUCCUUUGCGGCCAAGAACAUGUUCUAUGAUGAGCGUUGGAUAGAGAAACAGGAAACAGGGUUUACAUGGUGGAUCAACUAUGUCCUCACCCCUGAUGAUUUCAAGGUUCACACGGAGGUCACCAAAGUUAAUGCUGUUUCCCUGGCGAUGGGUGCUGAUGAGAAAUUUGCAAUCAAGAAGGCACCCACCAAAGAGGAGAUGUCAUUCAGUGCGUACACGGCUAGACGGCGGCUGAAUCGGCUGCGUCGCUCCGCCUGCCAGCUCUUUACCUCAGAGUCCAUGGUCAAAGCCAUUCAGAGGCUGGAGUUGGAAGUUGAAGCUAAGAGGCUACUGAUACGCAAGGACCGCCAUCUUUGGAAAGACAUUGGGGAACGGCAAAAGGUUCUCAACUGGCUUCUUUCCUACAAUCCUCUUUGGUUACGAAUUGGACUUGAGACUAUCUUUGGGGAGAUGAUCUCAUUGGAGAACAACAAUGAUGUCAUGGGACUGGCAAUGUUUAUUCUGAAACGUCUGCUGUGGAACCCUGACAUUGCUGCAGAGUUCAGGCACCCCAAAGUACCCCUCCUUUACAAAGAUGGCCAUGAGGAGGCGUUGUCUCGUUUCACUCUGAAGAAGCUUCUGCUGCUGGUAUGCUUCCUGGACAAGGCCAAAGAGUCCAGGAUGAUCGACCACGACCCAUGUCUCUUUUGUAUGGAUGCAGAAUUCAAGUCUACCAAGGACCUGCUGCUGGCGUUUUCCAGAGACUUCCUGAGUGGAGAGGGGAUCCUCCCACGCCACCUGGGUUACAUGGGCUUCCCAGUCUCUCACAUUCAGACACCUCUGGACGAGUUCAGCUUUGCUGUGAAGAACUUGGCCAUCGACCUCAAAUGUGGGAUUCGUUUAGUGCGUGUGAUGGAGCUUUUUAUACAAGACUGGAGCCUUUCCUGUAAGCUGAGGAUUCCCGCCAUCAGUCGUCUUCAGAAGAUACACAAUGUAGAAAUAGCCCUGCAGGUGCUAAGGUCCAGGGGGGUUGACCUCAAGGAUGAGCACAGUGGAGUCAUUGACUCAAGAGAUAUUGUGGAUGGACACAGGGAGAAAACACUAAGUCUUCUGUGGAAAAUCAUCUUUACCUUCCAGGUGGAAGUCCUUCUGGAUGAAAACCAGUUGAGAGAAGAGAUUGGUUUCCUCAAACGCACCUGGAAUACCAAAGAGAAACUGGCAUUGCUGAAGAGUAAUAAAGAUGUUAUGCAAAAAACCACUAAGCCAACACACCCGUUUGAGCACAGCAGCUCCAAGAUCAUGCUACUCAUGGAGUGGGUCAAUGCAGUCUGCCAGUUUUACCAUUUGAAGGCAGAGAACUUCACGGUUUCAUUCUCAGAUGGUCGUGUCCUUUGCUACCUGAUUCACCAUUAUCACCCCAGCCACCUACCAGCAGACUGUGUUAGCCGCCACACUACCCAGAAUGUGGAGUGCUCCCAGAAAGAACGAGUCGAACUCAACUGCUCAUCCAGUGACUCCGAUGCCUCUUUUGACAACUUGCCCAACAACCAGAAUGGCUCUGAAACACCAUCGAUGAAGUUAAAAGAGCUUCUGGAGAAUGAAAAGAGUAAUUUCAGGAUGGUCAACACUGCAGUGUCUGACCUGGGAGGGGUUCCUGCUAUGAUCAACCCAGCUGAUAUGUCAAACACUAUCCCCAAUGAAAAGGUGGUGACAUGUUACUUGUCCUUCCUCUGUGCACGUCUCUUGGACCUCCGGAAUGAGACCCGUGCAGCCAGGGUCAUCCAGGGCGCAUGGAGAAAGCACUGUUUGAAGAAGAAUCUUGUGCUUUAUAGAGAAAGGACUGUGGCUGCAGCGAAGAUCCAGUUAUUAGUCAGGCAGUUUCUGCGGAGACGCAGAGCUGUGAGGCAGAAGGCUGCAGCCAUCGUUAUCCAGGCUGCAUGGAGGGGCUACUCUGCACGCAAUGCCCUGAAUCUGAGAAAAGAGGUCCAAUUCUGGGCUCUCAAGGAUGCUGCAGCAACUACCAUCCAAGCACAAUGGAAGAUGUAUGUUGCAAUGAAAAAUUACCAACGUCUAAGAUUGCGCGUUGUUGCUGUUCAAGCUCUCUGGCGGAUGAAACUGGAAGUCACUGCCUACAAGAGGAUACAGUGGGCUGCAUCAGUCAUCCAGAAACAUGUUAAGGCCUGGACUCUGGCAAGGGAACAACGUAAACGUUACCUCUCACUGAAAUCAGCAGCUGUAGAUAUCCAGAGAAACUAUCGAAGACGGAAGACUGAGAGACUGCAAAGGGAGAACCAUGCUGCCACAGUGAUACAAACCGUAUUUAAGAAAUGGCACAGUGAGAUAAUGGCCAGAAAAACUGCAGCAGCCCUGAAGAUUCAGUCUUGUUAUAGAAUGCGCAGGUGCCAAAAACGGUACAUAAACAUCCGGCGGAUCUCGCUUCUCAUUCAAGCGUGGUAUAGAGGUCAUGCACAGAGGCGCAGCUUUGAGACUGUGAAACAGCAGCAUCACUCUGCCAUUGUCCUUCAAAGUGCUUUCAGGGCGAGCGUUGUCAGAAAACGGAUGGCAAAGAUGACAUGUGCCUCAGUACUGAUUCAGCGUUGGUUCAGAGCCUCCCUUCAAAGAGAUGUGGAAAGGCAACAGUUCCUUAAAAUGAAAUGUGCUGUUAUUACCAUACAGUCAGCUUAUCGUCAAUACAUGAUUCAGAGGCUAAUGCUACAACAGCAUCAGAAAGCGACAGUCAUCAAAGCAGCUUUCAGGAGCUUUUUUGCCAGACGAAGAUUCUUGUCCUUGAAAAGAUCUGUAAUUGUUAUCCAACAGCAAUUUAGAGCCAAGCUGUUGGGGAAUAAAUCAAGGAGAGAGUAUAUGGCUCUCAAAUAUUCUGUAUUGAGAAUUCAAGCAAUCUGGAGAGGUAGGGCAGUGAGGAGAACGAUUGAAAACAAGCACAGAUGUGACACUCUCAUUCAGUCUUACUACCGUAGGCAUGUGUUGCAGUCACAGUUCAGGUCAAGAAAGGAGGCUGUGUUGGUCAUACAAACCCAAUAUAGAGCUUACCUGGCAGGAAAAGUCCUGCGAAUCAAGUAUCUUCAGGUCAAGAAAGCUGCUUUUACCCUACAAGCUAUGUUCUAUGGCAUGCGAGUCCGACAAGAGCUAAGGGAAAAACACCGGGCGGCCAUUGUCCUUCAGAAUGCAGUGAGAGUCUUUCUUUGUAGGAGGCGAUACUUGCUUCUGCAAAGUGCUGCUAUAAUUCUACAAAGUCGCUACCGGGCUCUUUUAGCAGGAAGAUCGCAGCGUGAGCAGUACAACCGGUUGAAACAGUCUACAGUAAAGCUACAGGCUGCUUUUCGGGGAUACAGAGUACGUGCGGACCUAAGGAUGAAAUGUCAAGCUGCCUCCGUCAUUCAAGCUCAGUUCCGGAUGCACAGAGUGCGGCUGGCCUAUCUUGCCACAAAGGUUGCCGCUAUAAUGAUACAGCAGCGUUACAGGGCCAAAAGGCUCAGAGAUCUACAGAUGCAUCAGUACAACUUGAUGAAGUCUGCUGCAGUGGUGAUUCAGGCAGCUUUUCGCAGUCACAGAGCCAGGGUUGAAGUUGCUAGGAUGAACAAUGCAGCCACAGUCAUUCAGAAGAGCUUCCUCACUUUCAGGGAAAGGAAACGUUUCCUCAUGAUCAAAACUGCCGUUCUUCAAUGUCAGCAGAGAUACAGGGCUGCGGCUGUGACCCGAAGAGACAGAAGGGGCUAUCUGUUGAAACGUUGGGCAGCUAUUUCUCUGCAGGCGGCUUUCAGAGGGAUGAGAAUCCGGAAGCAGUUACAGAAUGAAUGUAGAGCAGCUGUGCUAAUUCAAUCUCAUGUCCGAAAGCACCUGCAAAGGGUUCAAUACAGGAGGUUACAACGGGCUGUGAACACAGUGCAGGCUCGUUACAGAGCAAAUAAGAAGAUGAUUGAAGAGAUGCAGACACUCCGGAUCAAGAGGAAUGCUGUCGUGGUGUUACAGAGUGCCUUCCGGGGAAUGCAAUCCAGACAGCGCCUUAAGGAGAUGCAGAGUGCUGCCUGUGUUCUCCAGAGAAGUUUCAGAGCUCACUUUGUACACAAACAUUACCUCUACUUGAGAUCAUCAGUUCUUGCCAUUCAGCAAAGGUAUCGGGCCACUGUUGUAGCUAAACAGCAGAUGCAGCGCUACCAAGAAAUGCGCAGUGCAGCGAUCCUGCUUCAGGCAGCAUACAGAGGCCAGAGAGCUAGAAGGGAGAUUGGUGUACAACAUCAAGCUGCAACCAAGAUCCAGGCUGCCUUCAAAAAGCACAAGGAGGAAGUUAAAUUCCACGCAAUGAGAUUAUCUGCCAUCGUCAUUCAAAGAUACUUCAGAGCUCGCAUUGAAAUGAAACAAGACCGAGACAGUUUCCUAAACCUUAGAGAUUCAACCAUUGUUGUUCAGGCAGCUUUCAGGGGGUAUCAAGUUCGACAAGAAAUGGCUAGGAUGCAUAAAGCUGCUAUUGUUAUUCAGGUAACCUUUAGGAUGCACAAGGAGCAGGUGAAGUUCCAGGCUAUGAGACUGUCUGCCAUAAUCAUCCAACGAUUCUACAGAUCAUGCAUGCAAAGGAAACAAGACCAAGAAAGUUUCUUGAAGCUAAGACAUUCUUCCAUAGUCAUUCAGUCGUUUUUCAGAGGGAUGCAGGUCCGGAAACAGUUGCAGACUGAAUGCAGAGCUGCCAUACUAAUUCAAUCUCUACUUCGAAAAUACCUGCAGAGGGCAUACUACCAGAGGCUACAGUGGGCUGUGAAAACAGUGCAGGCUCGUUACAGAGCAAACAGGAAGAUGAUUGAAGAGAUGCAGACACUAAUCGUCAAGAGGAACGCAGUUGUAGUGUUACAGAGUGCCUUCCGGGGAAUGCAAUCCAGACAGAGCCUUAAGGAGAUGCAGAAUGCUGCCUGGGUUCUCCAGAGAAGUUACAAAGCUCACUUGGUACGCAAACAUUACCUCUACUUGAGAUCAUCAGUUCUUGCCAUUCAGCAAAGGUAUCGGGCCACUGUUGUAGCUAAACAGCAGAUGCAGCGCUACCAAGAAAUGCGCAGUGCUGCGAUCCUGCUUCAGGCAACAUACAGAGGCCAGAGAGCUAGAAGGGAGAUUGGUGUACAACAUCAAGCUGCAACCAAGAUCCAGGCUGCCUUCAGAAAGCACAAGGAGGAAGUUAAAUUCCAGGCCAUGAGACUAUCUGCCAUCAUCAUUCAAAGAUUCUUUAGGUCUCACCUGCAAAUGAAAGAAGACCAAGAUCGCUUCCUUUCACUGAAGGAUUCAGCCAUUGUCAUUCAGGCAGCUUUUAGGGGGCAUAGGGUUCGUCAAAAAAUUGCUAAGAUGCAAAACGCUGCUACUGUUAUUCAGGUGACCUUCAGGAUGCACAAGGAGCAGGUCAAGUUCCAGGCCAUGAGACUGUCUGCCAUCAUUAUCCAGAGACGCUACAGAUCAUACAUUCAAGGGAAGCAAGAACGUGACAGUUUCCUAAGUCUCAGAGAUGCAGCCAUAGUCCUUCAGGCAACUUUCAGAGGUCAUCGCAUUCGACAAGAAGUUGCUAAGAUGCAUAGAGCAGCCACUGUUAUUCAGGCUAACCUCCGGAUGCACAGGCAGCUUCUUGCCUACAAGAGACAUCGCUGGGCUGCCAUUGUUUUUCAGCAAAGAUUUAGAACUCAGAGACUGAUGAACUCUCAGUUAGUGCGAUACCAGCAGGUGAGGAACACUGUGAUAAAAAUACAGGCAUUGUACAGGGGAAAUCAAGCAAGAGAGAUGGCUAAAUUGACGAGAGCAGCCAGGAAGAUUCAGUCAUUUCUUAGAAUGACAGUCAGGCGCCAACGUUUUUUGAAGGAAAAGAGAGCUGCUGUGUUGAUCCAGUCUGCAUUUAGAAGACAUCAAGCUAGGGCGCGGUUCGCCAAAACACGAGUCUCUGCCAUUGCUAUCCAAAGAUGGUACAGGUCCUGCAAAGUUGUUGAAAAACAAAAGGGCAAUUACUUGGCCAUUAAAUUUGCUGCUAUGAUACUACAAGCAGCUAUACGUGGAACUCUGGCUAGACGAUGGGUAAGGCGCAAACAUGCAGCGGUCAAGAUCCAGUCCGUAAUACAAAUGUCCAUCCAACGGAGAAGGUACCUGAGACUGCUUUCUUGCACCAUAAAGUUGCAGUCUCACUGCAGGGCCUGGGCAGUGAGAAGGACUUUCCUAAAGCUUCGCUCAGCGGCUGUAACGCUCCAGAAACACUACAGAAGCCUUCAGGCCCAGAGAGAGCAGCGGCUCCUUUACUUGAAAACUUUAAGUGUUGUCCAGAAGCUGCAGGCCAGAGUGCGUGGACAUAUCCAACUCAAAAAGUACCAGAAGCUAAGGAGAAGUGCCAUCACAAUUCAGUCAUUUUACCGUGGAAUUGUCGAACGGCGAAGGAUUAGGCAUCAACAGACAUCUGCUGCUAUAAUACAGAAAAAAUUCAGAGCUCAUCUCCUCUGCCAAAGAGAGAGAACAAAGUACCUGGAAAUGAAGAAGUCUGCUGUUUGUAUACAGGCGGUACUCCGUGGUCACCUUGCUAGAAGGAGAGCUAAGGAAAGGCAGGUGGCUGUUGCCACAGUCCACAGAUGUAUACAGACCAGGCGUCUACACAACAGGUUCCUCAUGACCCAGCAUAGUGUACAGGUCAUUCAGUGCAGGUGGAGAGAGACAUUGAAAGCCAGGAAAGAGCGUUACUGCUUCCUGUUUACAAAAGCUGCCAUUGUCAGGAUCCAGUCGUCAUGGAGAGGCCAUGCAACCAGAAACCACCUGCGUAAGGAACAGAGGGCUGCAGUGUUGGUCCAGUCGUCCUUCAGGGCAUGGGUCCAGAGAAAGGCCUUCCAAAGACAGCGAGUGGCUUCCCUGGUGCUACAGAGGAGGUUCCGGGCCCUGCAGCAGGCCAGGGCAGGCAAAAAGAAAUACACACUCUUGAGACAUGCUGCCAUCACUCUCCAGGCUCACUUCCGAGGCUGGAUUGCUAGGAGACUGUUGCAAGAAGAGGCCUCUGCACAAAGAAGGAUGCGCCUCUGCGCAGCUGUAUACCAUCACCUGUGUGCCGUGAGGAUCCAGAGAGCUCUGAGGGCACACCGGGCUCUUCAGUCAGCCAAGAGACAGAUCACCUCUGUCAUUUUUGUACAGAGGUGGGUACGAGCCCAACUCCAAAGGAGGCAUUACCUGGAGGACAAGAGGAGGGUGAUUGUAGCCCAGAGGGCUGCCAGGAGGUGGUUAGCCUGCCGCCAUGAUGCCGCCCGCACCAUCCAGCAUGCCGCCCAGGCCUUCGUCCUCCGCAGGCGGGAACAGCGGAUGCAGCAGGGUGUGAUCAGGAUGCAGGCAUUGUGGCGAGGCCACCAGUCCAGAAAGCUCCAUGACAACUGUAAAGUGGUGGCCAUGAGACUUCGUCUGCGGAAGGUGUCUGAGCAGGUCCGAGAGGAGGACAGGCUGUGCAACAAAACAUCCUGGGCCAUAGAGUACCUCCUCAAAUAUAAAGACUUUGCCUAUAUCCUGGAAGCUCUGAAAAACCUGGAGACAGCCACUAGGCUGUCCCCAGAGUGCUGUGAACGUCUGGUGACCAGUGGAGCCACAUUGGUCAUCUUCACGCUGAUCCGCAGCUGUAACCGGAGCGUCCCUUGUAUGGAGGUUAUCACCUACGCUGUUCAGGUCCUCCUCAACCUCUCUAAAUAUGACCAGACAACAGAGGCAGUGUAUGCGGUAGAGAACUCUGUCGACACGCUUCUCGACCUUCUGCAGAUUUACAGGGAGAAAGCAGGCGACAAGGUGGCCUACAAAGGAGGCUGCAUCUUUACUAAGACCUGCCUCCUCCUGGUCAUCCUGCUGCAGGACAAACGCAGGGUUCUGGAGAUGAGGAAGCUUCCCAAGGCUGUUGAGCGGCUCCACAGCAUCUAUCGCCUCACUGCACGCAAACACAAGAUGGAGGCAGAGAGGACUGUGGUUAAGCAGAAGAUGAACGCAUCCAUUAACGGAAGCUUUAUCAUCCCGGCAACACCACGCAAAUCCAAGCCGAUGCCUAAAUUCUCCCCUGCCUGGGUUCUCAGAAAGGACCAGCUGAAAGACAUUGUUGACCCUCUCCGAGCCAUACAGAUGGUUGCUGAUGCCAUUAUGCUUUAAAAAAUAUAUAUUUUUGUAACAUUGAUUUAAUAUCUGGUCAAACUUUUUCUGUACAUUUUUUUUUUUUAAGUUGUAA